GUGCAGGCCCCAGACUGCAGUGUGGUAGGGUCGGGGGAGAAGAUUCUCCUCUUCAGACACCAGGCCGGCUCAGAGCAGCUCCUCCACAGACUGACGGACCAGGAUGCAUUGCAGGACGGUGACCUCAUCGAGAUCAUCCUCUCAGGCUCGGCAACCAUCACCGAGAUGAAGGCCCGACCGAACUCCCUGGUAGUCCAGUCGUAUCGCACGCCCACCAUUCUGUCACCACUGUGGAGAGAGCUGUGGGGUCUGGUGCGCCAGGGGUUAAAAUGUGAAGGCUGUGGACUGGACUUCCACAAGCGCUGUGUGCGACAGCUGCCUAGCAACUGCAGCCGAUCAGUCCGUCGUCAGGUGGGCGCCAGCCUGUCCCUGUUCCCCCCCAGGAGGCUGCGUGCGCACUCCCUCUCCACACAGGCAGGGGGCAGUCUGGAGGAGAUCAGUAUGUCCAAGCCCAGGUCCAGGCCCCCGUCCGUGUCUGAGCCCCCCGUGUGGCUGGGUCUGGGGGAGGGGCCCCGGGUGCCCCACACCUUCCACAUCCACAGCUACUCCAGACCCACCGUGUGCCUGUACUGUCACGGCCUGCUCAAAGGCCUCUUCCGCCAGGGCCUGCAGUGCUCCGACUGCAAGUUGAACUGUCACCGUCGCUGUGAAGCUCUGGUGCCCAGAGACUGCCCUGGGGAGAGGACGCCUGGAGCCAAUGGGGAGGGUUCAUUGUCCAAAUCCAACUGUCAAGAUGACGCAGAUGACGAGGAAUCAGACGUAAUUCCCAUGUCACACGAUGACGACAUCACAUCCUCUGAGAGCUCAUUGGUUGAGAACAAGGAAGUGGGCCUCCAGCCACCCCUCAGCCAGAGUUUCAGUCCCUGUUUCAGCAACAACACCUACAUCCCUCUGAUGAGAGUGGUGCAGUCAGUACGCCACGGCAAGAGGAGAGGCAGCAUGGUGCUGAAGAAGGGCUGGCUCCUGCACCACACCAACACUGACACGCUGAGGAAACGUCAUUACUGGACUCUGGGCUGGAGGAGCUUCACACUCUAUCAGAGUGACUGCAGUACUAAGUACUACAAGGAGCUUCCCCUCUCUGAGAUCCUCCAGGUCCGUGGCCCUGCCCAGCUCUCUUCCUCGUUGCCGGGCGUCGGCGCCCACUCCUUCGAGCUGGUGACGGCGUCGCUGGCGUACUGCGUGUGGGCGGGCAGAGAGGGCGGGGCCUGGGAGGAGGCGGUGCGCCAGGCCCUGAUGCCCGUCCAGAGCGGCGGUGGGCACGUGGGCGGCGGGCGACUGGGGGCGACCACAGCGCAGCCCGAGGACACCGCGGAUGUCAGCACCGUGUAUCAGAUCUGCACGGAUGAGGUGCUGGGGUCAGGACAGUUUGGAGUGGUGUAUGGAGGUACCCACAGACAGACAGGCCGAACGGUGGCCAUCAAGGUGAUCGACAAGACCCGCUUCCCCACCAAGCAGGAAAGACAGCUCCGGAACGAGGUGGCCAUCUUACAGAACCUGUCCCACCUGGGCGUGGUUCUGUUGGAGGGCAUGUUCGAGACCCUGCAACAUGUCUUUGUUGUCAUGGAGAAGCUCCAUGGAGACAUGCUGGAGAUGAUUCUGUCCAAUGAGAAGGGCCGCCUGCCAGAACGCACCACCCGCUUCCUGGUCACACAGAUCCUGGAGGCUCUGAGGUAUCUCCACUUCAAGCACAUCGCUCACUGUGACCUGAAGCCUGAGAACGUUCUCCUGGCCUCCUCGGACCCCUUCCCCCAGGUGAAGCUGUGCGACUUCGGCUUUGCCCGCAUCAUCGGCGAGAAGUCGUUCCGGCGCUCGGUGGUGGGCACGCCGGCGUACCUGGCGCCCGAGGUUAUCGGCAGCCACGGCUACAACCGCUCGCUGGACAUGUGGUCGGUGGGCGUGAUCCUGUACGUCAGCCUGAGCGGAACCUUCCCCUUCAACGAGGACGAGGACGUGAACCAGCAGAUCACCAACGCCGCCUUCAUGUACCCCCGGCAGACCUGGGCCUCCGUCUCCCUGGAGGCGGUGAACCUGAUCAGUAACUUGUUGAAGGUGGCCGUGAGGCGCAGGUUCAGUGUGGGCAAGGCCCUGGGACACCCCUGGUUGCAGGACCUCCAGCUGUGGUGUGACCUGAGGGAGUUUGAACACAGGAUGGGGUGCCGCUACCUCACCCACGAGGGCGACGAGGAGCGCUGGCGACGCCACGCCCUGGAGAAGGGGCUGGACUUCCCCUCCCACCUCGUCUGGGACCCCGCCCACCACCCCGCCGCCAUGGAACCUUAACCCUGGGGUCAGAGGUCAGGGGGGGAAGUCUGCUUCCUGUAGUUUUUUUGUGUUCUCUUGUGCGUUUGUCCAUUUUGACUCCUCUGAAUGCCACGAGUACAUUGUGUGAAGGUUGGAACGUUAUUUGUGUAUUAUAAAAAUAAAUAAAAGACACCAAACACAAAAAGCACCUUAUGAUA